AUGGCCAUGUUCACGAGCCUGGCGCGGUUGCAGUGCAUCGGUCGCGGGCUGCAGGCCGGGUUCGCACAGGUGGCGCCAAAGAGGUUGGGGCCGGACGGCGAGAUCGACGCUUGGACGCUCUCGUUCGCUGAUCCGCAGGUGGAGAAGGGCUUCCUGGACACGCAUCGCGAUCAGCUGCGGUCGUCCUUCGGGCGCGUUCUGGUUAUCGUCGCCUUCUUUUCCGGGUUGUUUCUCCUGCAGGUGCACACUGAGGAUGUCGAGUUCCCGACGCAGGAGGCAUACAUCAUUAGGCGGUGGCAGUUGGCCAUCCAAGCCGCGUGUGGCAUUAUAGAGAUUUCAGUGUUACUCGCAGCAGUCUUAUUGUCGGGGUACGGCUUGAUAUGCACACGUGGGAUGGAGAAUGCAGCAAUUGUCGUUGCGACAGUGUCAAACGCUCAUGCCUGCUUCAACACCUAUCACUACAUUGCACGGGCAUUUGGCGUCGAAGAUCCAAGCGAAGUCUGGGGUAUGGACCUUGCUGGCUCAGACGCUCCCUUCUUGUUGAUGCUCACUUUGGUUGUCGCAGGGGCAGGGAUUAUGGUCAGGUGGAAGUCGUUAGUGCCCCUUGCAGUCCUCUCUGUGUUCGGAUACGGUGCCGCUGCCCACCUCCUCGGCGGCCCAGACAUGAGGCUAGCCUCGACCAACCUGCUUCUCUUCGCCUUGCUUGUGCUGGUGGCGUGCUCCGGGAAGCGCAGCUCGGAGAUUCAGGCCCGCUUGCUUCACCUGUCAUACCUGAGAGAGAAGAAGAUGCGCUUCCAGGCAGAGUUUUCCUUGGCAUGCCAGCAGGACCGUUCGGACGUCGCCGUGGAGCUAGGAAGCCACGCGGGAGGCUCGUCGUACUUCGGGCAGCUCUUGGACGACGUGCGUCCCGACUGCGGCGGUGUGCCGCUCGGGGGCGGCUCGCAGCGCUCGCCGUGCUCCCUGCCUGCCGUCCCGAGCGCGCCCGUCUGGUUCUCAGAGGAGCCAGGGGUCACGACAAUGAUGCGAUCCAGGAUUUCCAGGAAUUUCAGGUUUUUCCCCAUUCCCCACUGUUCCAUACGGGCUGCAGGAACGAGGGCCGGCAGACACUGGAAGUCCUGGAGCGUAUCCUGA